AUGUUUUUAGGUAACAGAAGAUUCCUCUUUCAUAAUUAUUCUAAUAUGAAUAAAAUUGUGGAGGAAACUCCUGAUUCAGGUUGCUUGUGGUUAGGAGAUUAUACGGCUGCGAUGGACAAGCGAGCACUGAAAGAGAAAGGAAUUAAAACUGUUUUGACAACAGCAAGUGGAUUAGGCGUAUCAUAUCUGCCAUCAGAUGGAAUCACUCAUAAGCAAUACAAUUUACUAGAUAUAGAAACUUAGAAUAUUUCAAACUGCUUCGAUUCAACAUUUAGGGAAAUAGAGGAGGGAUUAAAAAGAGGAGGUGUUUUGGUGCACUGUGCAGCAGGAAUCAGUAGAAGCGCAACCUGUGUGAUUGCGUAUUUAAUGAGGAAGAAUAAUACAUCAUUAAGAGAAACAAUGAAUUAUGUAAGAUCUAAAAGAAAAGUCAUUUGCCCUAACUUUGGAUUUGAAAGGCAGUUGAGAUAAUUUGAAUAGCAUCUAGGAAUUUCUAAUCCAGCAAUCAAAAUAACUUCAAAUAAUUAAAAUGUUCUGUAAAGCUAAAAUUCAAAUAGGUCUGCAAGUUUAAAUAAAAUAGCUUUUUAAAACCUUUCAAAUAAUUUAAACACUCUAAUGAAUCCUAAAUUAUCGUCUGAGCAGGAAGACCCCUUAAAUUAACAACCUCCACCAGCUCUUUUGAUAAAUCACAAUUAAAAAGUUAGUUUGCAAUCUUAAUCUCAAAAAAACGCUCUUAAAAGAAAUUAAAGAUUGCAACCCAUGACCAAUAAAAAUAUGGCUUAAAUAUUAGCUUAGAAGCUUGCUUAAAAUAAUGAAAAUCUUCAAGUUUUAGGUAUACACAAGCUAAUUAAUAAUAAUAAUUAACCAGUAUUCAAUAAGCAAGAAAAGGAAAGUAAUAAUAACAGCAAUUAAAACAGUGCCAAUAAACAAUAAGCAUUAAAAGAAGCAGCAUAAUUAAGUCUUAUUCAACAGUAAUAUCCAUAUAAUUAAAUGAACAACGGUCCUAAUAUAGUAACCUAUAACGCUAAAAGUAACCUUAGAACAUCUUCAAGAGGACCAAUACCAAUCUUCAACAAUGUACAAACAACAUCUAAUAAAACUAGCAAUAUGAUUACUUAGAAUUAAUUUCGCAAAAGGCCUGUAAAAAAUUUGUAUUAAUGA